AUGGCGACUGCGGCGAGUUUUCAGGAUCGGAUGCAGCUCGACGAGGCGGCUUCUGAUCGCUCUUCCUCAUCUUUAUCGCCGCCACCCACUACUCCACAACAUGCCGACACAAUUCACGUCGCUCGCCCACAAUACCAUCUUCCCCACGUUCCUGGUGAAGGUGUAGCAAAUCUGAACGCGGGCAUUCCCGCACAGACUUCAAAUGCUGCUAUACAUGCCCAAAAUGGCAACGUGUCUGCACAGGCGUCUACGACUGCGAAUGGUGCUGCGCCUGAGAAGCCUAGGAGACAACGUAAGAAGAAGAUACUCGACUUCGAUGCUCAAGGUCGUCCGAUCGAGCCGGCUCCAAAGAAGCCUCGCAAGCCUAGGGCCCCCAAAGAUGCAACGACCGCAGCGACGACCGCGCCGCGCAAGAAGCAGAAGAUGGAAGAAAAGCCACCGCCCCCGGCUGAUGGCCCUGCAACCACGCGACAGCCAACGCUCACCGACAUGAUGCACAGUUACCAUCAACCCGCACCUCCAAUAACAGCACUUCAUCAAGCUCCUUAUCAACAACAGCCUCAACCACAGCCCCAGCCGCAACAUCGAAGCAGUCUAGGUCCACCACCGCCAUCGUCAACAUUACCAUCGUCUCGACCCACGACCAGUGGCCAAAACUACGAUCCCAUACGUGGCUUUGAUCCCGUACGUGCAGCAUCAUAUGAGGGCGCCCAUCAUCGUCCCACGCACCCACCAAACGGCGUAUCGUCGGCCCAAGCAUCACCGCAUGUGAAUCGCGCGUCAGCAUCGCCAUCAAUAGCAAGUCUGAUCGACCCACCUGCCACUAUCACGGCUCGAACCUCGAUGCCCGCACCCCCGCCAUAUUCUCCGCAAGCAAACAUGCAUCAGCCUCCUUAUCUACCAUCGCAACCACAAUCACCCACGCCACCGAAACCAGCACCUGUUGCAUAUCCACAUCCGCCCAUGCCGAAGUCACCUGUGCAAGCUGCGUCAUUGCCACCACCUAUAUCGGCGAUGGACGGUGCUAUGGAUGUAGACCUGACAUGCGAUGCUCCAAAGGCCUUGCUAGAUGCCAAGACAAUUUCAAAAUCUUCAUCUACAGGACCCACACCGAAGCCGAAGGCUACGUCACCUCCACUCAAGGUCGCUGGAAGUGGCUUGUUGUCUGCGAACGAUUUACUGGGUGGUGGAUCAUCAAGCGACACGAACGAGCGUCUAGGCGUCAAUAUCGACAUCCACAUCCCACUCAACCCGGCGGGAGGCAACACGAUCAACAUUGCCCACGAGAUCAUGAAGAAGUAUGGGCGUGACGCGAUCAAUCCUCGUGCGGCAGCACAUCGCGAGCAGCUGCAGCGGAUCCGUGCAGCAGCCAGUAAGCUGGAAGGUGGUGCAUCUGCAGAUGACAUGUCUCUUGACCUGUCAGAAGCAGGAGAUGAUGAUAGUAACGCCGAGAUGGGUGGUAUGGACGACGACAAGAGUGGCACCGGCGCGGAUGGUAAGGCUCAGGUACGCAAGCGCCGUAAGAAAGUUGAGGAGUACGACAAGGAGGAUGAGUUCAUCGACGACACCGAGCUGGCCUGGCAGGAGCAAGCCGCAGUCGCGAAGGAUGGCUUCUUCGUCUACUCUGGUCCCCUGGUCCCACCUGGCGAAGUCGCGAAUGUCGAGUCGACCACAACAUCAGGUCGUGGAGGUAGAGGGAGAGGCCGCGGCGGCGGGCGAGGCUCUCGUGGUGGUACAACAGCCGGAGCAACUCACGCUUCGUUGGCUGAGAAGAGUAAAGAUGCUAGUGCGCCGACUCGAGCAAGAGGCCGUGGUAGAGGUACUGGCGCGCCUAGGAAGCCUCGCAUUACCAAAGCGGAUCGCGAGCGCAUGGAGACGGAGAAGACGGAACGUGAACGUGCUGGGCAGGUGCACAACGGGGGGCCGACAGGAGUGCCGCCAGCGCUCGCACCUCCUCCGCCUCAGCAGGCAUUGCCGAGUUAUAGUGGUCCGAUAGGCGGUGGACCGGUCGGCGUGUAG